UCUCUCUCUCUCUCUGUUUCUGUUUCUGUCCUCUGUGUCUGUGUCUUUGAUCUCUCUCUAGCUUCUUCAACCCAAAAAGAGAACAGAAAAAAAAAAAAAAAAAAAAAAAAUUCCUACAUUACCUUUCUCUAGGGUUAGGUCUUAGAUUGCACAACCUUUAUUGUAGUUUUUUUCACAAAUUCUAUUUCUUUUUUACAUUUCUAAAAUAGAAUUUUCUUUUUUUUUGAAAAAAAAAAUUUCUGGGUUUUCUUUAUUUUUCCACACAGAUAUGUAACUGAACAAGGAGGAGGAGGAGGAGGAGCUAGAGGUUGAAGUUUGAAGGUGGGUUUGUGUGAUUAGGACCUCAGGUGAAAGAUCUGGGGCUCGAAUUUAUUUACAAUUGCAGCAAUAAUUUGUAACAACAAUAAAGAAUUAUUAGAGAACAAAAAAAAAUAUGAGCGCUUCGAGGUUUAUUAAAUGCGUGACGGUGGGUGAUGGAGCUGUGGGUAAAACUUGCUUGUUGAUUUCCUAUACCAGCAACACUUUCCCUACGGAUUAUGUGCCAACUGUUUUCGACAAUUUUAGCGCUAAUGUGGUUGUCAAUGGGAGCACUGUUAACCUGGGUUUGUGGGAUACUGCCGGACAAGAGGACUAUAACAGAUUACGACCUUUAAGUUAUCGUGGAGCAGAUGUUUUCAUACUGGCCUUCUCUCUCAUUAGCAAGGCCAGUUAUGAAAAUGUUUCCAAGAAGUGGAUUCCAGAGUUGAAGCAUUAUGCACCUGGUGUUCCUAUAGUUCUUGUUGGAACAAAGCUUGAUCUUCGGGAUGAUAAGCAGUUUUUUAUUGACCAUCCUGGUGCUGUGCCAAUUACUACUGCUCAGGGAGAGGAGCUGAGGAAGCUGAUUGGUGCACCUGCUUAUAUCGAGUGCAGUUCAAAAACACAGCAGAAUGUGAAGGGAGUCUUUGAUGCCGCCAUUAGAGUUGUUCUUCAGCCACCCAAGCAGAAGAAAAAGAAAAGCAAAGCACAGAAGGCUUGCGCUAUCUUGUGAUUGCAUAGUUGUAAAGAGAUAAACAGCUAUCUGUUUUACCUUUCUUCUCCCUCUCUGUUUCUCUUCCCUUUGCUCUUGAAGAAGCUUCAGGUCCUGAGAUAUUUAACAAACAAUACUUGGAUCUCUAGAAUUAUCAGGUGGCUUGGUGUUGCUCCCUUGGAAUUGUUUUGAUCUCUAAUUGUUGAAUCGCAUUACAUGGUUGCCCACCUUUACUUAAUUACCGGUUUUGAUUUGUUUUAUGUAUUAAUAGACUGGAUUGCCCCAGUUAGGAAAACAACCUUGCUUUGCAUGAGCACAGUUAUACUUAUUACUUAGUAUUUUGCUUAAAUGCUUUCUGUUUGUGUGAUUCAUGCAGCCCGUGUAUCUUUUUUAACAACAUUCUAGUUUCUGGUGCAAAUUAUGGAUUUCCUAAAAUUAUUCAA